AUGGUAUCCCAAGCAGGAGUGGGAGCGACCUCGGUAGAAGUCGCACUUAGGAUAAAACCUCUUACACUUGAAGACUUGGAGAAAAUGCCAAGUCGUUUUCAACGUCAUGUCAUUACGACAUCAUACACGCCAGGCCAGGUCAUAGUUGAAGCAGACAAAAGACAAACAUUUCAGUAUGAUUAUGUAUUCGGACCAGAUGCCUCACAAGAAGAAGUAUACGAGAAAUCAGUGAUUAACUUGCUUGGAAAAUUUCUGGAGGGCUACAAUGUAACAAUUCUAGCCUAUGGGCAGACCUCAUCAGGAAAAACAUAUACAAUGGGCACGGCUGAUAAUGUAUUUAUACCUCCCGAGUCAAAAGGAAUGAUUCCUCGUACAAUGUCCACGCUUUUCGAAAAAAUAGAAUCAGAACAAUGCAAAAAAUCGAAAUUUACGGUAAAAGUUUCGUUUAUUGAAAUUCAUAAUGAAGAUUUAAUUGAUCUCCUUGGAGAAGGCGAAGAGGAUGAAAGGCCACCGGUCACUAUUAGGGAAGACUCCAAAGGAAAUAUCUAUUGGACUGGCUUACAGGAGGUUAAAGUAAAUAACGUGGACGAAGUUAUAAGAUAUUUAUUACGAGGAUCAGAGAAUAGACAAGUAGGAGUUACAGAUAUGAAUGCAAAGUCUUCCAGGUCGCAUGCAAUUUUUUCAGUUACAAUGAUACAUAAAAAGUUUGUGCCUUAUGGAUCACCAACUACACCGUCACCUGACUCGUCUCAAAAUGUGGAUAUCCAUGAUUCACUUGCAAAAGCAAACACAAAUUUUGAAGGAUUUGAUGAUGGAGAAUGGGAGACAAUAACGAGCAAAUUCCACUUUGUAGAUUUGGCUGGAAGUGAGCGGUUAAAACGUACUGCAGCAAGUGGUGAUCGAGCAAAAGAAGGAAUAUCUAUAAACUCAGGAUUGCUUGCGUUAGGCAAUGUCAUUUCUGCCCUUGGCGAUCCAAGUAAAGCAAAGCAGAUGACUCAUGUUCCUUAUCGAGAUUCUAAACUUACACGUCUAUUACAAGAUUCUCUUGGUGGAAAUGCACAAACAUUGAUGAUUGCCUGCGUUUCGCCUGCCGAAUUCAAUCUCAAUGAAACAAUAAACACACUUAAAUAUGCAAACCGUGCACGUAAUAUCAAAAAUAUGGCUUCAGUGAAUAAAGAAGAAUCCGGUUGGAAUGAUGUUACUCACUUGCAAGGUUUGGUCAUAAAACUUCGUGCAGAAGUGUCUACUCUUAAAAACCAAAUUGCUAAUGCGAAUCACCAGCAACAACUUGGUACUGGAUAUACUAGUCCCGGAAGAGUUACGCCUACCACGCCUACUACACCAAGUGGGAUUAAACUUCCUACUAGAAGCAACUCAAUAUCGGUGAUUCCCGGGAGAAGUACUCCAACAUCCGGCAUUCCAGGGAGGAGUACUCCAACCUCUGGGAUUCCGGGAAGGAGCACCCCAACAUCCGGAAUACCGGGGCGGAGCACCCCAACUACAGGAAUGCCGGGACGUAGUAUGUAUAAUAAUAUUGGCAAUGGCAGGGAAUCGACAAAUCGGAUGAGACCUGGAUCGCCAUUAACCGCAUUCACACAUAAUACACAUAAUGGCAAUGCACAAUUGCACAAAGACAAGGAAGUGGAAGUUUUGGAAGAACAAUUAAUACAACUUCAGAGGUCUUAUGCGGAAUUGUCCAAAAAAUAUGCAAAAACUUCAGCAGAAUUGGCGAUGCAUCAAAAUAAUUAUGAUGAAUUGGAGAAUACUAAAAGCGAACCGCAAAUUGAAAGUUAUGAAACCAUGAUAUCGUCACUUGAAAGCAAUCUUGCGAUCACGAACGCGGCCUUGCUUCAUUCGGAAACAUUAUUGCAAGAACAGGAAAACCAAAUGAAAGAGUUAGAACAAGAGAACGAAAUAAAUAAAAAAACUAUAAGUGAUCUUCAGAGUCGUAUUGAGGACCUUGAGUCGAAACUUCAAAACCAAGAAGUUGGGACUCGGGUGAAAAUACAAAGCGAUGGUCGCCCAGAAAAAUUUAUAAGUGAAACCGUGCAAUUGUUAGAAAAACGGCUAGAAGAAAAGGAU